GGUACAAAAGUUCUGAUUUUGGUAGAACCCUAGAAACAAAAGAAAAUCAUCAAGGCGAAUACGAUGGGAGAAGAACAACAGCAACAUGAAGAAGACGAUGGGAACCAGAAAUCAGGUCCCAACUCCUCCGCCCCCUUGACUCAAGCUCAGUUUCUCUUAUGGAAAACCCAAAAGGAUGCUGAAGCAGCGACCAAGAAAGCCGAAGUAUCAAGAAAACUCGAGGCGGACGUAGCUGCAGGGUUGGUGCAAAUGAAUGGCCGAGAACUUUUCAAGCAUGAACCUUGGGUUUUUGAUAACAAUUUGUAUUAAGAUCGGGUAAGAACUUGUAUCGGGUUUUUAACAUAUAUCGACCUCUUUUAUUAAAAUCUUGAAAUGGAAUAAUACUCAAUUUGUUUGGUUUAAUGGGGAAUUGGAAUACAUAUUCAGCU